AUGACGGUAUCAUCUCGACGUGCAGUCACCCUCGGUACACUUCUAGCCGCUGGGACAGCCCUGCUUCUCCUCCAUCUCGCUUACCGGUCUCCUGGCGGACUAUCGUUCCUCCCAUCCGCCCAAAGCCCAGGCGUCGCUCCCGAUGAUCUGGCGGCGAGCGACGUCGAUGUCAAGCGACGGGUGGCUCGUAUGAGAAAGGUGUGCGCUGCACAGAACACAUUCACGAGAGAAUAUGGGCGGGCAAAUCUGCGUCUGAGCAGAGGGUAUGAAGGGUCCCACUUCAAGGUCCAGCAGCUACUACUCAAAGCCAUGAGAGGAGAGACUCUCAACAUCGGCGCUUUAGGCGGGAGCAGCCACCACGUUUGGGACAACGAAGUCUGGUUCUGGAAGUUUUAUGAAUGGCUUCGGGAGUUUGUCGGCGAGGAUGUCGAGGUCAUACAUACGAACGGCGCAGCGCCAGCGGUCGGCUCAGACUACUUUUCCUUUUGCUUUCCACUGCACAUCUCCCGCGAGUCCGACUUGGUUCUCGUUGAACUAGGCGUCAACGAUGAAGCAAUCCCCGAGCACGUCGAGAAUAUGGAGAAUCUCCUUCGGGGACUGCUAGAGAUGGACCGGCAGCCGGCAGUCAUGCUCGUCGAGGCCUUGGCGUUCAGUAACGGCGGAAUGGGCGGUGGUGGGGGUAGGAUGCAUCUGCCCGUGGCCCAGUUUUACGAUGUGGCUGUGAUAAAUCAAAGACACCCCCUCGCCAAUCAUUUCGGCCGGUAUCCCGAGCUCAUCCGGCCAUACUUUGCCCAAGACUACUGGGGAACACCAGACACUCGCCACAUCAACUCUCGCGGACAUCGAGACCUCGGUAUGCUCGUUGCGGCCUUCAUCCAGGACGUUGCAUGCGACAUGCUGUCUGAUCCCAACUUUAGCGUGCCAAGCAAGCCAGCCCGCCACUCCAUUCACUCUCCCCUCAUGGCACCGCACGCCAUCCCCGAUCCGGAAACGCCAGAUGCCGACCAGUCUUCAGCGUCAGAGCAGGAUGCCCGACUGCGCCCGUUACAAGCCAGCUGGGCGGAACGAUCUCGCUCUUGGCGUCUAGACCCUUCAGACCGCAACCCCGCUGGUCAGCUCAUGCCCGGCGUCUUCAACAGUCCCUAUGAGUUCGGUAUUCUGCCCCGCCAAAAAGUUCUUGACGGGUGGAAUCCCUCCCUUGACAAUGUCGUACCACCUUUCCAUCCCGUCUGCCUCUCCACCCGGACCACCGACCCCGCCUACAACCUCACCCCCACCUCAACAGAGGGCUGGACACAUUGGGUCCAUCCCGACUUUACCGACAAACCCUAUCUCGUCGCGCGCGAGCCCGGGAGCUGGGCAAAAUUUGAACUCGAAACAGGUCUCGGGGUGGUCAAGGUGUACGCACUCAAAUCCAAGACAUUUGGUCUGGGGAAUAUCGAGUGCUGGGUGGACAAUGAGAGGGAUAGAAGCGUUGAAGUGGAGGGGUGGUGGGAUAAUGGCGAUGCAGAAGGCCUUCCGGUUGGACGUCAUGUCCUCACUUGCGAGCUGCUCAAAAAGACAUCCGAUCCCGGCGGCGGUACAGAGUUUAGGUUGAUCGGGGUAAUGAGUUUGUAG